GCUUCAAUGGAUUUACCUCCGGACAAAGCGAAAUUACUUAAGAACUACGAUGAUGAAAAGAAAUGGGACAUAAUAUGUGAUCAGGAAAUGGUACAAGCAAAGGAUCCACCCGCUCAUUAUUUAAACAAACUGCGCACAUAUUUGGACCCAAAAGCCUCUCGAAGUCAUCGGCUAUUCUUCCUCUACUUUCUUUGUCAGAAACGUAAAAUGGUCGGGGAGUCCACGUCGACGCAGGUGCUGCGUGAUCUCGAGAUCUCGCUGCGCACCAAUCACAUUGAAUGGGUUAAGGAGUUUCUCGACGACACGAACCAGGGUCUGGACGCUCUUGUGGAUUACCUAAGUUUUCGCCUGCAGAUGAUGCGCCACGAACAGCGGGUUGAAGAAGCGCUAUCUGACUCAGAUGAGCGCCUGAAUAUGACAAGCAGCCAGACAGUGGGCGGAGGCAACGGUUCAGGCUCCGCCGAUGGGCUGGGUAGUUCAUCGGUGGGAGUAAGUUCUCCUCUCAGUGGUAGCAUUAAUUUAGAUGGUGCCCGGCACCACCCAUAUUCUCACUCGGGCCACUCUGGCGGUAGUUUAAAUGGUUUUUUACGUCCCUCGCUGGCCGAGGUACUUGACAGUCCCAGCAUUAAACGACGAUCCAGACAUAUAGCCAAAUUGAAUAUGGGUGCAUCCACUGAUGACAUACACGUGUGCAUCAUGUGCUUGCGGGCCAUAAUGAACAACAAAUACGGCUUCAAUAUGGUCAUCCAACACCGAGAAGCUAUCAAUUGCAUAGCGUUAAGUCUGAUACACAAGUCGCUGCGUACGAAAGCUUUGGUGCUAGAGCUGUUGGCUGCCAUUUGUUUGGUGAAGGGGGGUCACGAGAUAAUAUUGUCCUCGUUCGACAACUUUAAGGAUGUGUGCCAGGAGAAGCGUCGAUUUCAAACACUAAUGGAAUACUUCAUGAACUUUGAGGCCUUCAACAUUGACUUUAUGGUAGCGUGUAUGCAGUUCAUGAACAUUGUAGUUCACUCCGUUGAGGACAUGAACUAUCGCGUGCAUCUGCAAUACGAAUUCACGGCUCUCGGACUGGACAAAUAUCUGGAGAAGCUACGCAUGACUGAAUCGGAGGAGCUAAAAGUGCAGAUAUCCGCUUAUUUAGACAAUGUGUUCGACGUGGCGGGCCUAAUGGAAGAUUCUGAGACGAAGACUGCAGCUUUAGAACGAGUGCAGGAGCUGGAGGACCAAUUAGAGAGGGAGGUGGAUCGCAACUCAGAAUUCAUGUAUAAGCUCGCCGAACUCGAAACUGAGGUGGCGGUGCUGAAAGCAGAGCGUGAGGACUUAUUGACCACUAAACUGAAGUUUGACGAAGAGGUCACGACAUUGCGGCGCAUACUGAAGCAGAACGAACAGGAGCUUAAGAAGCGUGAAUCGCUGCUACAAAGCAAGAAUCUCGAGUUACAAACAUUGACGCGGUCGUUACCGCGCUCGGGUUCGAAUAGUGAAACGUCUCUACAAAAUGGCGGAACCUCUCCGGACAAGUGCGUUUCUCCUCCACUGCCUCCCCCGCCGCCUCCACUUCCAUCUGCUAUGUCGCCUGCCAGCGCGGCGCCUCCGCCACCACCUCCGCCCGCACCGCCCGCGCCACCACCACCGCCUCUUGCGCCUGGCGGUUCCUUAAGCAAUGGUGGUCCGCUUUCGCCAACAAUGUCCGCAAAUGGUGGUUCGGUAGGUUCUCGCUCACCACCAUAUGGUUCUGGUCCCAACGGAGGGCCUAUGAUGUGUGCGUUCCAACCGCCCCCUCCACCUGUGGCCGGUUUCAUGCCCGCUCCAGACGGUGCCAUGACAAUCAAGCGCAAAGUACCGACGAAAUAUAAACUGCCCACGCUUAACUGGAUAGCUUUAAAGCCAAAUCAGGUUCGUGAUACUAUUUUCAACGAAUUGGACGAUGAAAAGAUAUUCAAACACAUUGAUUUCAUUGAAUUUGAGGAGCGGUUUAAAAUUGGUAUCGGCGGCGGCUUGACAAAUGGCAACAACUCAGAAGUGGACGGCCUCCACUCCUAUCCUAGCAAACGCUUCAAGAAGCCAGACAAUGUAUCGCUUUUGGAGCACACGAGAUUACGAAAUAUUGCAAUAUCUCGUCGUAAAUUGGAUAUGCCUAUCGAUGAGGUUAUUGCUGCCAUACAUAGCUUAGAUUUGAAGAAACUUUCUCUGGAAAAUGUGGAGUUAUUGCAAAAAAUGGUGCCCACGGAUGUAGAGGUGAAAUCCUACAAGGAAUACAUUGCCGAGCGUAAAGAUCAAAACCAACUCACCGAAGAGGAUAAAUUCAUGUUGCAAUUGUCCCGUGUGGAGCGCAUUUCAUCUAAGCUCUCUAUUAUGAAUUAUAUGGGCAAUUUCUUCGACUGUCUGCACUUGAUCAGUCCACAAAUACUAGCCAUCACAACCGCUUCCAAUUCCCUGAAAAAAUCCCAAAAGUUUAAAGCCGUUCUAGAAAUCGUUCUAGCUUUCGGAAAUUACCUCAACAGUAGCAAACGUGGCCCCGCAUAUGGAUUUAAAUUGCAGUCACUCGAUACGCUAAUCGACACCAAGUCAACUGACAAACGCACGUCACUGUUGCACUACAUCGUGGCAACCAUAAGGCAAAAGUUCCCUGAGCUGCUCAAUUUCGAUACAGAGCUGUAUUGCACAGACAAAGCAUCGCAGGUAUCGCUUGAAAAUAUUGUAACGGACGUACAUGACCUUGAAAAGGGCAUGGAAUUGGUGAAGAAGGAGGCAGAACAACGAGUGAAAGGUGCACAAACUCAUAUCCUGCGAGAUUUCCUCAAUAACUCCGAGGAUAAGUUGAAGAAGAUCAAAAUGGAAUUGAAGAAUGCACAGGAUGCAUUCAAAGAAUGCGUUGAGUAUUUCGGGGAAUCAUCGCGUAACGCCGAUGCAGCAGCAUUCUUCGCGCUAAUAGUGCGCUUUACGCGAGCAUUUAAGAUCCACGACCAAGAAAACGAGCAACGCCGUCGUCUGGAACAGGCAGCUGCCCAGGCUGCAAACAAAAAAGAAAGCGACCAAGUAUUACUGCGCAACAAAAUGAACCAGAAGAAACAGCAGUUGCCCGGUUGUGGCUUCUCCUUACAGGACGCUGUCAUUAACGAGCUGAAGAGCAAAACGAAUUCGGUGCGGGAAAAAAAAUUGCUUCAACAAGACGAAGUCUACAACGGUGCUCUCGAGGACAUUUUGCUGGGGCUAAAGAGUGAACCAUACCGGCGAGCCGAUGCAGUGCGACGCAGCCAACGCAGGCGUAUCGAUAAUAACCGAUUAUCACGCACACUCGAAGAACUGGACGUCUAAAGCGAAGACUAAAAACUAUGAAAUUUUAGAAAACAGAAAUUACGUACUUUAUGUACAAUUGCAUUUACAGUUUUAUAAGCAAACAAUUUUUAGAAUCAUAUUGUAUUUUCCACGAUAGCAUAAAAUGCCGAGAGAAAACUGAAAUUAUUUGAUACAUUUUUCUAAAUAGAUGCAUAAAUGAAAUUAAACAGAAUUGCCGUACACAAGGGUAAAUACAUGUGUGCAUGUAAACUUUGGCAGAAUCCGGGCAUAAAUACAUACUACAGGCACAGAUGCAUAUGAACGAAACGAAAAAAUUAGAAAUGGUUAAAAUGCGAAAACAAUAUCUUGACUCAAUCACAUUCCUUUUAGUGUUAACAAAAUUGUGAAUUUCGAGUGUAUGUUUAAUGCAGGCGUUUGUUUGUUGAGCGUAGACAAGCUUUUCUUUUAAUUUGUUACGGAAUAGAAUUAACGAAAUGUUGAAAUCAACAGUUAUUUAUUUAUACGAAAUUAAUUAAAUAGUAAAGCAUGUGCAAACAAUUUAUACAUACAUAAAUAUUCUGGAGGAAUCUCUAUCUUUAUGACGCACAUCGGUUUUGAUAAAUUUAGCAUGUACUUUUUAUUUUGUAUACAUAAACUUUAUGUACUAUAUUAUGCCUUUACGAAUUUUUUUAUUCAUAUUUGUAUAUACUUUCGUAUAUAUUUUAUUGUUAACUAAUUUUCUAUUGUCUGUAAAUAUAUCGCAAUAAUUUAAUGUGUUACUGCACUGAAAAGGCACAAUCUUGUUUAUUUCUGUUACUUAUAAAAUUUUUAUAUUACAAUUUUUAGUUUUGUAGAUACAUGUAUGAAUAUUUCUCAAAUAUACUACGUAGUUUAAUAUGUGGUUUAAACCACUUCGUGCGAAUUACGAUGAAAAUAUGGUUACACAUACAUUUGUAUGUA